GCCGGCCGUUCUCGAGCUCGCUCCGUCUGGGCUCCGGGCCCCGCAGCGGCGGUGGCGGCGGCGGUGGCGGCAGCACCACCAUGUUCCUUCACUCGGUCAACCUCUGGAACCUGGCGUUCUAUGUGUUUAUGGUCUUCCUGGCGACCGUGGGGCUGUGGGAUGUCUUCUUCGGCUUCGAGGAGAACAAGUGCAGUAUGAGCUACAUGUUUGAGUAUCCGGAGUAUCAGAAAAUAGAACUUCCAAAGAAACUGGCAAAACGCUAUCCAGCAUAUGAAUUAUAUCUUUAUGGAGAAGGAUCCUACGCUGAAGAACACAAAAUUCUCCCUUUGACGGGUAUUCCAGUUCUGUUUCUUCCUGGUAAUGCUGGAAGCUACAAGCAAGUUCGUUCUAUCGGCUCUAUUGCACUUAGAAAAGCAGAAGACAUUGACUUCAAAUACCACUUUGACUUCUUUAGUGUGAACUUCAAUGAGGAGCUAGUGGCCCUGUAUGGUGGCAGUCUUCAGAAGCAGACCAAGUUUGUACAUGAGUGCAUUAAAACAAUUCUUAAACUCUACAAGGGUCAAGAAUUUGCUCCAAAAAGUGUGGCAAUAAUUGGUCAUUCUAUGGGUGGCCUUGUUGCAAGAGCAUUGCUCACAUUGAAGAAUUUUAAGCAGGAUUUGAUAAACCUUCUCAUCACACAAGCCACACCUCAUGUUGCUCCUGUGAUGCCCUUAGAUCGUUUCAUUACGGAUUUUUAUAUGACUGUAAACAACUAUUGGAUUCUAAAUGCUCGACACAUAAAUCUAACCACACUUUCUGUAGCUGGAGGGUUCCGGGAUUACCAAGUUCGUUCAGGACUGACCUUCCUACCAAAAUUAAGCCAUCAUACCAGUGCCUUAUCUGUUGUGAGUUCAGCAGUGCCUAAGACCUGGGUCUCAACAGACCACCUCUCCAUCGUAUGGUGUAAACAGUUGCAAUUGACUACAAUUCGAGCUUUCUUUGAUCUUAUUGAUGCAGAUACUAAACAGAUAACUCAAAAUCCCAAGAAGAAAUUGUCAGUUUUGAAUCACCACUUUAUAAGACAUCCAGCAAAACACUUUGAGGAAAAUCCAUCAAUAAUUUCUGACUUAACAGGAACAUCUAUGUGGGUUCCAGUAAAAGUGUCCAGAUGGACUUACGUGGCUUAUAAUGAAUCUAAUAAGAUAUAUUUUACAUUUCCUCUUGCAAAUCAUAGAAAAAUCUACACUCAUGUCUAUUGUCAGAGCACCAUGCUGGAUACAAACAGUUGGAUUUUUGGUUGCAUAAACAGCACUUCUAUGUGCCGGCAAGGUGUGGAUUUAUCGUGGAAGGCUGAAUUACUGCCAACAAUUAAGUUUCUGACCUUAAGACUUCAAGACUAUCCAUCUUUGUCUCAUCUUGUUGUUUAUGUACCAUCUAUUCAUGGAAGUAAGUUUGUUGUAGAUUGUGAAUUCUUUAAGAAAGAGACAAGAUCGAUACAGCUUCCUGUAACUCAUCUCUUUUCCUUUGGAUUGUCUUCAAGGAAGGUGGUUUUAAACACAAGUGGACUGUACUACAAUAUAGAGCUUCUGAACUUCGGACAGAUAUACCAAGCAUUUAAAAUCAACGUGGUAAGCAAGUGCUCAGGAGUCAGAGAAGAAAUAACUAGUAUCUAUAAACUGCAUAUUCCAUGGUCUUAUGAAGAUUCAUUAACCAUUGCACAGGUUCCAUCUACCACAGAAAUUUCCCUGAAGCUUCAUAUUGCUCAACCAGAAAAUGACAGCCAUGUGGCAUUAUUAAAAAUGUACACAUCAUCAGACUGUCAAUAUGAGGUUACAGUUAAGACUUCCUUUCCACAAAUACUUGGCCAGGUAGUUAGAUUCCAUGGGGGAGCUCUGCCUGCUUACGUAAUAUCUAGUAUCCUUCUCGCAUAUGGAGGGCAGUUAUAUUCUCUUUUCUCAACAGGUUCUUGCUUGGAAUAUGCUGUUAUGUUGGAUAAAGAAGCCAAACCUUACAAAGUUGAUCCUUUUGUAAUCAUGAUUAAGUUUCUUUUGGGAUAUAAAUGGUUUAAAGAAAUCUGGGAUACAUUGUUGUUACCAGAAUUAGAUGCAAUCGUCUUAACCAGUCAGAGCAUGUGUUUCCCCCUUGUUUCUUUGAUUCUCUUUUUAUUUGGAACUUGCACUGCCUAUUGGAGUGGUCUAGUCUCUUCCACAUCUGUGAAACUUCUUUCUUCACUAUGGCUAGCUUUGAAAAGACCCUCUGAACUUCCCAAAGAUAUCAAGAUUUUACCACCAUACCUGCCAUUUUUGACAAUUGUUUUGAUCAUAGUUAGUUGGACAACUUGUGGAGCACUUGCCAUACUUCUUGCUUAUUUUUACUAUGUGUUUAAGGUUGUUCAUCUACAAGUUUGUCUAGCAACUUUUAAAAGUAAUCAGCCUGUGAAUACAAAACACUCUAGAAGAAGUGAAAAAAAGUCCAGUCAUCACAAAGACGCUACAGCACACCACCUUCGUUUGUCUGCCAGUGAUGCCGAGGAUAGUCUGCGCAUGCACGGUACCGUGAUUAACCUGCUCACAUGGGUAGUGUUACUCAGCAUGCCGUCUUUAAUCUACUGGCUAAAGAAUCUCAAGUAUUAUUUUAAACUUAAUCCUGAUCCAUGUAAGCCUUUGGCAUUUAUCCUUAUUCCAACCAUGGCUGUUCUUGGAAAUACUUACACUGUUCCGGUAAAAUCAAGUAAAUUGUUGAAGACUGCUGCACAAUUUCCACUUCCUCUUGCCGUUGGUGUGAUUGCUUUUGGGUCAGCGCACUUAUAUAGGGUUCCAAGCUUUGUCUUCAUUCCUCUUUUACUUCAUGCAAUGUGCAACUUUAUGUAAGGUUGAACUUAAGGACUCAUGAAGAUGAUGAAUGCCUCUAGAGUCAGUAAGAAGAGUGAACCUACAGAUUGAUCCACAUGGACAGCAAGGUCCUUUGGAGAAGACAAGUCUAUUUUUACAGUAUUGGAAAUCGGAAAUUAGUUUUGUAAUGCUUGAGAAAAAUAGUUGGAGCCUGGUUUUGUUUUUUUGUGUGACAUCCAUGCAUUAGUCAUUUUUGAAAAAUUAAUGAAAGGAUAUGGUGGCCACUGUCUUUGAGGGUUGUGGUACAUCACCCACUGCUAUACUUCAUCAGCCAUACCAGGGAUUUUCAUGUAGAAACUCCAUAGUUAGGACAUAGUUUGUAAUCUCAUGUCAACACUCUGCUCAUUUCACCAAGCUUUCUAAGGAAGUGGGUUACUUUAUAUGUGUUACGGCUUACAUAUUGAAAAAUGUCUUAAAAGUUUAAUGAAAUGUAUAGCUGUUUGGUUUCUCACACGUGAAAUAGACACUAAAGUCUUUGGUCAGUUUAUGUCAGUCAUGAUGAAUACAGUAGAUCUUUUAUCUUAAUGUCUGUAAUAAUCACUGUGUUGUCACCACUGCAAGGCUGAUGGAUUGAAACACUAUUCAAAUUUGAAAUGGGAAAUAUUAUUGUUACUUUAAAAUAUGAACUUUAUAUAGUCUUGGUGAAUAUUAGGACACUAUUAAAGCGAUUGUUAAGUAAGAAGAAAAUUCUAAAUAUUUACUUAUUGGCAUUGAAGAAAUUCAGUUUUUCAGGCAAUACCAUAUGAUUCAAUUCGCUGCCUCCCCCCAUGGUUUUCAAAAGUGCCUGAAGCGAUGAUAAAUUGGUAACUAAAUUCUGUUGGUUAGAGAUAACUCCAGGUUUGCACCAUUUUUAUCUGCUGUAGAAAAAAAAAAAAAAAACCUUGAGGAAUUGAUGUGAGCAUUUGAUGUAUAAAGUGAUGUUAUAAAUAUUUCAUGGUACUUGCAUAAAUUGAAUCUGUAGUGACUAGAUUUUGACAGUGGAAUCUUCUUGAGUUACUGUUUGGCAAAUAAGGAAGUUACAUUUCUAUUUCAUUUCACAUUUUGGUUCAUUAGCUGCAAAGGAGUAGGAAGCGGGUAAUGGACUCAAGUAAGAGAGUUUAGCUGUCUUAGCGUUUGGAUAGAAUAAACUCAAGCUGAGAUCCACUUGGCUCACAUACCCCUUCUUGUAGAUAUGUGAACUGUAAAUGGCUGGAACCUCUUAAGUGAAGUCCUAAGUUCCAGUGAUUCCACAGUAAUGUUUGUGAGCUGUUUUCUCAGCACCCAGGCAUGUCCUAGAGAACCAGCUUCCUUUUAUCUGCUGUUGUAUUUGAGUUUCAUUACAACCUCUCAGCUGUCACUGCCUGUGGAGGAUCAUUUCCAUGGGGUUACCUCAUGUCUCAGUUCCUCCCAGGUCCUUGCUAUUUUAGCAUGAGUUGAAAAAGAUCUUACUGUUAGAUUGGAGGGAUAUAAGUUUGAUCCCAUUGUGGUGCUUUCGAGCUUCAUUCCUUUUGUUCAGUAUUUCAGUUACUGA